CAAUUAGGAUCCUUUGUCGUGGCGGACACACGGAUAACCUGAUUCAACAACGUCCUGUAUACACAUAAAAACAUGAAAGUGUUCUUGAUAUUAAAAUGGCAAAUAUAUUCCUCUGUUAUAAUUUCCCGCCAAUAAUAAUAAUAAUAAUAGUGAUAACAUGAUAGUUUGGCUGUGUUUGAUAUAUUCAGUAGAUUUACUUUUUUACGACACUAUUUGACAACUCUACAACUGGAACAAUUACAGUCCCAAAAAUGCGGUUUCUAGAGAACUUGCUAAAAUAUCUGAAAUUAACCAUCAUCCUCACUUUUUCUUAACAUAUUUCAUCUAGGUGUAGGGUAAUUACUAGUUCGGCUUUACUAGAUAUUAGAUAUAUUCAGCAGAUAUAUCUUUUUACAACCCUGCUACGUUAGUUAGCAAACAUUAGCUUACCUGUCCAGAAGGAAAGCGGCAACCUCUGCGUAGCUUUUUAGCCCUUUUUCUGCCUUCAGCUGACACCAACAAUCAAAAGCUGAACCAAUGCUGAUUCUGGUUUUGCUUCUCCAUUGGUCGGCUAGAAUUUGUGACGGAUAGCGCUGGGACAACGCGAUACCUCUGCAGCUAUUACAAUCUGCCAACCCUGAGUGACACACUGAUUUAGGUAUUAAUACAAUAUCAUUUUGAAGAAAGAAGUAAACUAAACACAUGGAGCUCUUGUUAGGAUUACACAAAAUGGAGGCUGACAGAGAUGUUCCUUCCAUGUGCCAAUUAUGUCUUUGGAUUAUACAGGGCUUUUAAUUAUGUGUAUAACUGUGUGUAUACUUUUGCUCAAAUUCAAAACAACAACAAAACUCAACAGCUCUAGUUCUUGUAUAGCAAAAUAAAUUCUUCCAAAAACCUUGAUAUGGAUGUUUAUUGGUGUUAAUAUUAACCCCAGACCUGUAAGAGUGAAGUAAAGUUUCUAUAAAGAUUUAAAGGAGUCAUCAACCGGAAAUCACAAGUUUCCCUGUUAAUACGUGUAUAUUGGAGGUGGACCUCAGUUGAAACUUGCCUGAAAUUUUGGAGGAUGGAAAUGGCUCCAUUUUUUCGUUUGGCCUCUUUGUUCAAACCACAAGGGUGCGCACUCAAAAAAAAGUGAGAUUUUGGGUGUGCUCCUAUGGUUACGUAACCAUAGGAGGCUAUUUGCAUAAGCCCGACCUCUCUACCACCCCACCCCACCCACCACCUGAAUCAGCCUGCACCUGCCGCCAUUACCGACAAAAAAUGGCUAAACGAUGCUCCCAUGUUAAUUGCUCCGUUGUUGGUUGCCAGAAUGAACACAAAAGUAUUUUCAGCAUCGGCGGACCAAGCAACAAAGGAACAGUGGAUAAAAGGGUCAAUUCCUACGAUUCGAGACUUACCAGCAGUGCAAUUGGUAAGUCUCGCUGCUUUGUGUAACAGUUAACGGUAUGUUUUACUGUGUACUUGACCCUGAAAUGACGGUAGACAGCAGCUAACUGCUAAUUGGGCUAACGCUAGAUGCUAACGUUAUUCACAAGGGACUAGUAUAACCUGUGGAUCUCAUAUGAUUUAGAAAUGACCCCCACGUCUUUCGUUUUAUAUCUCUGGGGUGUGUUGUACUGUGGUAUGGAUGUUUGUAAAUGGAGACCAUGACGGGGGACCCCUGCGGAGACCCAGGUUCUCCGGCAGUAUGCAGACACCGAGCUGCUGCUACUCAGUUAUCUAGCAGCUAGCAGCAGCACCUCGGUGUGCAGCGCGGUGUCUGGGCACCUCGGUGAAGCUCGGUGCUCAGACACCGAGCUGCUGUAGCCGCUAGAUAACUGAGUAGCAGCAGCUCGGUGUUAGCGUAGAUAACGAAGUUAUCUAGCGGCUAGCAGCAGCUCAGUGUCUGCAUACUGCCAGUAGCGUUGGGGCCGACAUCGGGCCACAGAGCGUCACGCUGCCCAGUUUUGGUUUUUGAGGGACUUAGAGCCAGCUGAGCUGCUACCAAAACAAGGCGAGUGACUGUGUGUUGACCAAUAGUUUUGAGUCACCGUAAGAAACUAACGUUAUCCGGGUGGAUUUUGUGAAGAGCAUUCACGUUUUACUGCCUCAUCACUACAAUUUCCUUACUGUUUACAUGCGUUUGCGUUUGGAUUUUAUUACUGAAAAAAUACCAGGACGCAAACUUUUAUUUUCUCUGACGUUUUCACAUCAUAAACCAUGAACAUCAAUAUUAAAACUCGAGUCUUACAUGAGACUCAUGCAGGCUGUCUGCUGAGUGUGAAAUCAAGCUCUGCAGCUUGAUUUCACUGUAACGCUAACUGUUUUAACUGGGCAGAGAUGAGCCUCCUGAAAGAGGCAGAAACAGGGGAACUACCAGCAUUUUGGAGGCUAUAAUGUACAUAUUUUCAGAGUUUGUUGUGAUUACAAUGUGUUAACACACUGACCGAUGUCACAUCCAAUGUCAUGGGUUUUAACGUUUUAGAUUCCAGCUGCAGCUAUUCACACUUAGGAUUUCUUAUUUAAUUGCUGUAUAUUAUAAGGUCUUUUGGUACCCUUUUGGUCCUCAAACGCAAUAUGUUACUUCUAAUGAAUCGUUUCAGAUUUUUUUAUGGUAUAUUUCUUUGCUUUUAACAUUUCUAUUUCCUGUUAUUAGGCUAGCACAUCUCAUGCAGUGCCCAGCACCAGCACUGUCUAAAUACCACAAAAGGGUGACGUUGGCUGCCAGACAGACUCUCCAAUGCAGGCAUCGACUGGCACACAGCUGUCAUUUAAAACUUUGCAGCCUCACUUCCCGAAGUACAGGUACACAGACAACAACAGUCAAGACAACCACAGAUGUUGGAGUCGGCACGUCCACUGUUCCUGUGUUCCCUGACCUUCCUUGGUCCUCCACACCAACCAAGACAUCACUGAAGAGGCCUCGUCUCCAUCUGGUAGAGGAGGAAGAUGAGGACAGCUCUGUGAAGGCCAGCUCAUCUUUUGUGGCUCCAGAACCACAAGACUCCACAUAUAACCCGGAAGACUCAGUUACUGUGUUAAGUCAAUGGAUAAGUCAUAAGUUACUCUGUUUUAGGUAAACUUAAAUUGUAUUUUUUAAUAGUUGAAAUUUUGCUCAGCCAUUCUCUGCAUUUUUGAACUAGGCACACAACAUUCACACAAUUUUACUUUCAGAGCCUUAUGUGACUGUUGAUGUUUUAUUUUCUACUACUUCAUAUUUAAUUGGAGAUAUAAGCAUUUGCUUGACAAUUAAUUAUGGUUGAAAAAUAAGUAAUGAUUCAGCGUAAUUUAACAUUAAAGUAAACUGGUUGCAUCUCUAUUUACACACUCAGCUCUCUCUAUAAUAUGGUGUUCAUCAUAACAUAGUUGACAAUUGUCCGUGGCAGAGGUAUGGACUCUCCAAGUGCCCCUCUGGUCUUACUCAUUGUACAUGCUUGUGACUUUAUUUACUCUCUCUCUCAACAUAGGGAAGGCUCCAGCCCCACCCAUCAAGGCCCUUAUCCUUUCACAAAAUGCGCAAGCUGCUUGUAAUUGAAUCUUGCCUCAUGGAGCUCUUUGAGAAGUGUCCAGUGUGCAGCAGAGUUUGUGAUGUCAAGAAGAACAUCAGGGGAACAUUCUUUGCCAUUGUCCAGCGAUGUCCACAUUGUCAGUACUGGAGACAAUGGAAGAGUCAGCCUGUGAUUGGACACUCCACCCCAGCCGGGAAUUUGCAACUUUCUGCUGCAAUCUACUUCAGUGGUGCUUCGUUUUUCACUGUGCAAAAGGUUUUCAAGGCCAUGCAGUUGCAGCUACACACUUACAAACAGUUCAGAAUACACUGCUGCAACUUCAUUGAGCCCGAUGUGCUGCAUAAAUGGAAGACGGAUCAGGCAGCCGUUUUGCAGCGGCUCAGCCAAGAGGGGAGUGCCAUUCUCGGUGGUGAUAUGAGGGCUGACUCACCAGGACACUGUGCAAAGUAUGGCAGUUACAUCAUGAUGGACUUGAACACCAACAACGUCAUUGACAUUCAGCUAGUGCAGAGCAACGAGGUUGGCGGGAGUACCAACAUGGAGAAGGAAGUUCUUAAAAGGAGCCUUAAACUCAUGGAGGAAAGUGGUAUCAACUUGGACUGUAUUGUGUCUGAUAGGCACCCCCAGAUCCAGAAAUUCCUUACUGAUGCCAAAAUCACCCAGUUCUAUGAUGUAUGGCACUUUGAGAAAGGAAUGGGCAAGAAACUGAAGGCAAUCGCCAAAACCAAGGAGUGUGAAAAAAUGGUUGCCCAUGAUCACAAAUCAGAUCUACUGGAUCGCAGCUUCAUCUACCUCUGGGCCAGAGCGAAUUGCCAAGUGGACUUCGGUUAUGAACCACCUCCAAGACAUCCACAUCCAUGAUGACCCCUUGUACCCAAAGUGUGAUCAUGCCCCACGUGUGUCAAAGGAUAAGGAGAAAUGGUUGAACGCAGGAACCCCCGCUCUCUACAAAUUCGAGAAGCUGUUCACUGGCAAGAGAGUCCUGAAGGAUGUGGCGAAGCUUAGCCCCCAUCACCAAACAUCAUCGCUCGAGGCUUAUCACUCUGUAGUGAUCCGUUUUGUUCCCAAAAGUGUGGUGUUUCCGUUUUUGGGAAUGCUGUGCAGACUGUACUCGUCAGCCAUGCAUUAUAACGAGAACGCUGAGCGCCCACAGAAGCAGGCUGAUGGGAAACCCGUCUUCAAGCUUCACUGGCCAAAGGCUAAAGAGGGAACAUGCACAGUGAAGCCACUGAAGGAAGAUCCAACAUUCAACUAUGUGGAUGAGCUGAUGGACCUGGUGUUCGAUGUGGUGUUUGUUGAUCCGGCACCUUAUGUCAGUCAGCUGAAGCAGAUUCCAGUACCUGAACUGCUCUGCUCUCAGUAUGACAGGCCAGAGAAGGAGGACGUCGUUGCCCGCUACGUGUCUCGCUUUAAUCGAGGGGUAACCUGAAGCCUACGUAUUGGCCAUGUACAUCAGGGAAUUCUUGCCGGAUCCGCAGCACCACAGAUGCCGGUAUUACUACGCGUAUUCUAUGGCCAAGAUGACCCCAGCACCAGCUCACAAAGGACCUGUAUGCAAGGUGCCUGUAUUCACUGGAGAGAGAGUGCACAAAAAUGCAAUUAGAUUUAUUUAUCUUGUUUGAUUUAGAAAUAGUAGAUUUGCAGUGUUAUGCUUUUUUGUAUUCUUAAUAAAGACACUUUUGUAUUGAA